AUGUAUUCUACCCCACAACAAUCUCAACCAACACCAAUGAAUACCGGUCAAGCUUAUGUACCCACGUCUUAUACAACAAACGAUCAAUAUACGCUUGCUCAAAAUGGAAGUUACUCGAAUGAUCAAGUGUUAGUACAACAUUGGUAUAAUAAUAAUGGUCAAUCCAUUGAACAAACACGUCAAGUGGCUGCUAAUCAGCUUUCUGUACCACUUGGAGGACAACAGUCUCUCCAUCACCAGCAACAACCGUUGCAACAACAAUAUGUUACUUCAAAUCAAGGAAUCCAACAAUGCAUGCCACCAUUGAUGGGACAACAAGUCACGUACCAACAACAAGCACCAAUGCUGUCUCAUUACAUAGCAUCAAAUAACGCUCUCCCUUCUUCAAUGUUGAUGAGUCAGCCGAUGGUGACGUCGACUCCAGGACCAACUAUUGUGAGCGAUCAGAUGGCGCAAGUCUCUAAGAGACAAAUUGAUGAUGUAAGUAGAUCCUGUGACACAAGUAUCAAUCAACAACAACAAGCUGGUCAGCAACUUCUUCAACGUCAGGAAAUUCGAUAUUAUACACCAAAGAAGUUGAAGACAGUAACAACAAACGGGAGAAACUUUAAUGAUGUAGCAUACAAACCGCAGAGAAUUCGUCAAAGUCAGCCAGACAAUAUUGGACAAGCUUUCAAUUCUGUUCAGGCAAACGGACACACAGUCGAAAUAUCAUCGGCUGCAUGCCGAUUCGCAUCAACAAGAUACCCUUUCUCUCCGUUUCGAAUCUCAUUUAAAACAGUCGUAAAAGACAAAC